AUGCUGGAGAAGAUGACCCUGUACGAGACGCGCACGAAGCUGUACGUCGUCGCGACCGACAAGGACGGCAAGCGCUAUCGAGUUCUCAAGAUCGACCGCACAACAGCUCCGCAACCGCGAGCCGGCCAGUCGGCGGCAGACGACGACGACGAGUCGGGCUUGAACAUCAUCGAGGACUCGGCCGUCUACACGCUGCGCCAGAAGGACGAGCUCGUCGAGACGCUCAGGGCGGGCAACGGCGGCCUCAAGCUCGUCGAGAAACCCUGCUUUGGCAUCGCCGGCUUCGUCCGCUUCACCUCGUCGUACCACAUGAUCCUCAUCACGCGUCGGAGCAAAGUCGCAGUUCUCGGCGGCCACUUCAUCUAUCACAGCGAAGGCACCGAGCUUCACGAGAUCUCGCCCGUCCCGGCAGGCCUGUCGGCCGAGGACGCUCGGCAGAAGAACGCCUUCCUCAGCGUGCACCUCAGCAAGAACUUCUACUUCAGCUACACGUACGACGCGACCAACACGCUGCAGCGCAACCUCCUGCGGGGCGCCGACUUCCUCCCGUUCGAGGACAAGUGGGUCUGGAACUGGCGCCUUCUACGACCGAUGCGGCGGUGCCUGCGUCCUCAAAGCGCCUGGAUCCUUCCGCUCAUUCAUGGCUUCGUCGACCAGAAGAAGCUCGCCGUCUUUGGUCGCACCGUCUACGUCACGCUCAUCGCUCGUCGCUCGCGGCACUUUGCCGGCGCGCGCUUCCUCCGCCGAGGCGUCAACGACCAAGGCUUUGUCGCCAACGACGUCGAGUCGGAGCAGAUCGUCGCCGAGGCGCUCACGACGCCGUUCUACACGUCGGCCCCGUCGACCCACACGCACUCGAGCAGCUCCCCCUCUCCUCCUCUUCCUUCCUCCUUCCCGACGUCGCACCAGGCGCGUCGGCCGAACCCGAGCUACACGGCGCACGUCCAGUGUCGUGGCAGCAUCCCGCUGUACUGGUCGCAGGACGUCGCCCGAGCGCUCAAGCCGCCGAUCGAGCUCGCGACCCGAGACCCGUACUAUGCGGCGGCGGCCAAGCACUUUGACGGCCUGUUCCGGGCCUACGGCGAGCGCGUCAUCGUCCUCAACCUCAUCAAGCACGGCGACAAGCGCGAGUCGACGCUCCUGCCCGAGUUCAAGGAGUGCGUCGACUACCUGAACCAGUUCCUGCCGACCGGCAACGAGAUCGACUACAUCACGUUCGAUAUGAGCGCCGCCAACAGCGGCCCGACCAAGAACGCGCUCGGCGUCCUCGAAGACUAUGCCGAGGGCUCGCUCGAGAAGACGGGCCUCUUUCACUCGGGACCUGCCGCUCCUCGGCGCACAGGCGAGGCGCGACUCCCAAGGACGGGUCCGGCGGUCCAGACGGGCGUCGUGAGGACAAACUGCAUCGAUUGCCUCGACCGCACCAACGCCGCCCAGACCAUGAUCGCCAUGAUCGCCCUCGGCCACCAGCUGCACGCGCUCGGCCUUGCGCCGUCGACCCGGCUCGAGUUCGACUCGGACGCGCUCAAGCUCCUCGAGACAAUGUACCGCGAGCACGGCGACUGUAUCGCGGUCCAGUACGGCGGCAGCAACACGGUCAACACGAUCGACUCGUACCGGCCGACGGGCGCGUGGACGGGCUUCUACUCGCGCGACAAGGUCGAGAGCGCUCGGCGGUACUACGCCAACUCGUUCGGCGACCACGACAAGCAGGCGGCGAUCGACCUCUUCCUCGGCAUCAAGCACGGCCUGCCGCCGCCGCCAUCGUGGGAGUACCUGCCGCCGCCGCCACGCUCGUCCUACCGCGACUGGUACACGCCGUCGCACCUCGCGACCGUCGACGCCGAGGACGAGCGCGACCCGAACGAGCUCUGGAGGCGGUACUACCGCGGCGGCGUGUGGCAGACGCUCGACAAGCAGUACCAGUACCACGUCCAGUCGACCUUGCCGGCGCACCGAGUCCCGGGGUGCGUCUCUUGCCUCCUCUCUCCCUCCCUCUCUCUCUCCCUCUCUCGCGCCCGUAACUGA